UUUUUUUUUCAGCAGCCUAUCAGGUAUUAUUUUUCUUAUCUAAACAUAACACUUAUCUCAAAUCCAAACCAUGGAGUGACCAUUGUAACGAUCAGUGAAAUCUAAAUCAUCAACUAACGGUACUCAAAAAUUGCACAUGGCCGCUCUUAAGGCCGUGAUCAUUGCUCUCUCAUUGCUAGUGGUGGCGAUUAUUUAUUCGGAUAUAGUUGAGGAUGAAAAUGAAGAAGAAACUUACUUCGAGGAAUCGGCGACUAGCCCGUCGACUGGUACUGGAUUGGAAAAUUUAAUGUUGGGUCAGCUGUUAACUGGAGAUUCGGGUUCGUUUGAAUCACCCGACUUCCCCACAACUGACCAUAAACUGGAUUGCGUAUGGCUCAUUCAAGUUGAUAAAACAAAAAACAUCCGGCUUGUUUUGGUUGAAUUCGACACUGAAAUGGGUUCCGACUUUUUUCUUGUUCACGACGGACCUAGUACCGAACAUCCAGUUAUUUUAGUGCACAGUGGAAAUUCCAUACCACCCCCCAUCAGAUCCACUGGUCAUGAAUUGCUUAUCCGUUUCGUCACAAACAACAAAGUCACCAGUCGAGGAUUCCAGGCUAAUUAUUUUUCUGUUCCGCAUUGUUUCAAUUCCGUUUAUUCUUCGUCGGGCCUCAUCACGUCUUCCAACUACCCGUCUAGCUAUGAUUGUAAUAUGCGCUGUGAUUGGCUUAUCAGUGUAGGACAGUCGGAGAAAAUUUUAAUGGAAUUUUUAGACGUUAAUACCGAAGAAGAUUAUGACGUUAUACAGAUUUACGAUGGUGAUAGCGAUCUUGCUCCAUUUCUAAACCGAAUUAGUGGAGAUCACAGAGAUGAAGUUAUUUUAACAACAUCUACAUCUAAUGUCGCCUUGAUUCGCUUUAUCACAGAUAAAAGUGUUUCUAAAACGGGUUUUGCGAUGAAAUUUACAGCCGGAAAUCCUGCGGAUUUGGUCCAGUAUUUCAUGAAGGAAUAUUCAAAUUCGGAUUUGACCAAAAAUCUAUACGAUGUCACUGAAAACAUUGUGCAAAUGUUAGCGAAUGUCACUUCUACAGAAUAACUUCAUUCAUAGUAAUUACCUAAUUCAUCAAUGUUAGUCAUCGCUUCCCUUGAAUUUAAUGAAAUCCAUAUCGUUACACUGAUGACCCACGCUAAUGUAAAUAAAAAAAUCUCCAAGAAAAUCGCAUACGGAGUAUUUAGGUUGCAAUUGGUGUUAGCCUGUUAGAUAACGUUUUUACGUAAUCUUUUUUGUUCGCUUAUUUUUCAUUCUUCGCAAUAACAAUAGGAAAUAUUUAUAGGAAAUUCAAGACUGCGGUUUAUUGAAUAUUUACUGAUUAGGUACAGACUACAACACCAUAUACACUUAAAAUCACUGGACAUGUAAGUUACAUUUCAUUUUUAUUUAUCAUCAAAGUAAUUAUGGCAAUCCUAAAAUUUACUUUUUCCAAUAGGUUUUUCCAAGUAGUGCAAGUAGUGCACAAAUACGGAAUAGAAUAAUUAGGCCUCCUAGGCAGGCUAUAUCACGAUUUUAGAAAAAAGUGCAUAGAUACUGGAUUGAAGUUGUAAUUUUCAAGAAUGUCGUUUCCGCUACAAGCGACGUUUUUUUCAUAAGCUGCGUAAAUACCGGUAAGAACUUCUAUAAAAUUUGCAAUGGGUCCAUCCGCGUUUUCAGGAAGAAAAUCAGUGAAUUUAGUGAUGUUGUAGCCGACAUAUUGACAAUCUGUGUUGUUGAACUCGACGCCGUACCACUGGUUAAUGGAUAGGGCUUCAUUGCCGUACAUAAACCAGGACAGGUAGCUUAUCCAGUCCAGGUAAACAGGAACCGAACCGUUUUGCAGGAAAAAACCACCGAAAAGCAGUACAGGAAUAAUCAUGGGUGCUGAAAUAGCAAGAGCAACUUGAGGCGUCGAAGCGAUACACGAAACAAAAUACCCUAUAUUUAAAAAAUAAUCAAUUAAUCUAUGCUUUUUUUUUAAAUUCCAUAACUCACCGAAAGAGGUGGCGACGUUUGUCACAAGGAUAAUGAUCCCUGCCCCGAUAAAAAAUCUUUCCACUGCCGGAUUUAAGCCAAUGAUGUAAUAUGGAAUUGCAAAGCCGAUGAACGGGAAAACGAUGUAAACCGCCAAUUCAGCAAAUGUUUUGGACAAAAAGUAGACGUCCGUCCGGUACAUGCCAUUAAAAUGCUCACGCAAGAAUAUUGGCAAUUCGAAUGAAAAGGUCUGAGUGUAAGUAAAUCCAUUUUGUUUAUGUGCAGCCAUAUUUAGCUU